AUGGCCUCGGGCACGACUGAGAAAGGAGGAGCCGCAGAACGACCUUCACGGCCCCCGAGCGCCUCUGGAGUGUCCCUAAACCUGCGUUCUCGCAGACUCGGCUCUGCGGCGACCGAGGCCGCCGCCGGCGCCCGCAGUUCCUCACACGCCGCUCUCGGACGGGCUGCGGGGCGCUGCGACAGCUCGCCUGACGGCAGUCAACUGAAGGCCGGCGGCGGCGCGCCGGCGCAGCGCGCCCCGAGUCAGGACGACACCGGGCGGAAGGAGAGGGGCAAGAAGGUCACGCGUCUGCUCGCGCGCAAACUCCACGGCGCACCCGGCGAGGCAGCCCACAAACGCACCUAUUCAGCCACGCCUGCGUCGACGUGCGAAGGCCACCUUCUCGUCGCUGCCUCGCUCCUGAGCGAAGCAGCCGCGCAGACUGCGGACGCUUCCUCCAGAGCGUCUGGCGUUGACGGCGCUGCUUCCCGCGGGCGCGAAGACGACGCGCGAGCCAAAAAAUCUGGAGCUCCUGAGGCCAUGGCGAAGCCCGAGGACCGCUCCGAAGCUUCGCGGGCAGGCCGCGGGGAAGGCGAAGGCAGGAAGCCGGAGGCUAAAGGCGACGACCGCAGGGAGAAGAAAGCUGGGCUGGCGGGCGCAGGCACUCAAGAAGAGCGAAGAAAGGCCAAGUCCCACGCCAGUGAGGAACCCCAGAUCGAGGCUCUGCCCCGCGCCACCACGGCGUCGCCGAGUGCGCCCUCGAAGGCCUCUCCCACUGCGGCCGCGGGCGAGGAGAAGGCGUCCGCGUCGAGGCUUGCCAGCGGCAAGUCGCCGGGCUCGGAGCACAGCGACAAGGCGCUUCCGCCGCCUCGAGGGGGGGGAAGCGAGUUGAACGGGAAGACGCGCGCGUCGGCUCGGCGCGAAGGCGCCGAAUCGAGCAAAGCCGGGGGCGGAGAGGUCGGCUCAUCUGAGAGGGGCAAGCCUGAGAGGAAUGACUCUGAAGGCGGCGCGGGCCUAGGGUCGUAUUCGGGCUCGUCUCCGCCUGCGACGUCAGGCGGCAGGAGCUGCGGAGACCGAGAGGCGAUCACGAGUCUCGCCGCAGCUUUCGAGGAGAAGGAACGCGACAAAGCGGCGGCGUACUCCGACUUCGCGCUGACAUACGCCGGCCGGUCGCUCGCUUCUCAGGGGGAGGUGCCUGAGGAGCUUCCUGCGGAAGAUCCGCCAGGCUUGUUUCUGUUGAACGACAGCGUGAGUCGGGCUGAGAGCCCCCGCCUACAGCAGAGACCCAUGAAGCCGUCGCGCAACGCUCCGCUGGCGUCUUCGGCGCCAGGUGUCCUUAGCGGCGUGUCUCCAGCCGACCUCGGGCUUCUUCUGGAUUGCCUCGUCGUCGGUGAGCAGGCCGCGCGCCGCGCACACCUGCGGCUCGACGCGGUCGCGCGCGAAGUCGAGACCGCCUACUCGACUGUCGCGCGGGCGGGCUUGCGCCUGGCUAGCUUGCUCGGCGUCCCCUACGACCAGCUCUCGGAGUUCUCCGCCGCCGAGCUGAUGCAAGCCAGCGUCGCCGGGCGAGGCGCCGGAGGAACCGAGGCCGGGAGCCGCGCACCGACCACCGCCACCGCAGGAGCGUAUCGCGGCCGCGGCGGCGUAGAGAUCGGCGAGGGCGACGACGGGGCCUGGGCGGCGUUUGCGGCUGACAGAGACUGGGAGGCCGUAGAGAGGUGGAGACGGGGCCGAGGCCCUCGAGGCGCGGAGUUGGGUCUCGCAGAAGAAAUGCGCGCGCUGGAGACUGCGGGUGCGCUGCCGCGCGGCCGAGACGUCGAAUCCGAAGACGGGAGGCCGCUGCGCCGCUUCCUCGCGUCGUCGCACAGCAGUCGACCCGCGUCGGGGUGGGCAGACGGUUUCCGCAGAGGUGCGGCGCCGGGCGUGGGGAACGAGCAAUGCAUGGACUUCGCUGCAGAGGCCGGCGGCAAGGCGACCCGCGCAGACGGAGACGAAGACGGUCGUGCAGAGACGUCAAACUCAGCGCGACUGCUUUUUGAGUUUGCCGAGUCGCUCUGGAGCGAGUGUGUCAAGUCUGGAGGGAAGAAGGGAGACGGCGACGCAGACAGUCGCCGGUGGCGGUCGCUGGAGGCGCUGGAGCUCCUGCGGACACUCGACCGUGAAAAGGGACAGCGCCGCAGCAGCAGUCCAGGCCUCGGGAGUCCGUACGUUGGGACCCAGCAGGCGGCGCCGGGGGAGGAGAACGGCUUUGAGGCCAUGCCCAGCCGGAAGGCCGCGAGCUUCUCCUUUCCUGUCCCCCAGUUUGCCGACUCCCGAGGCGUCUGGCCGUCGGAAACAGGAGCCGUGAACUCCGAGCGAUGCGGCGACGCGACCACGCAGGCGGGACAGACCUGCUCCUCGUCAGGCCUGUCCCGCUUGCGGUCGGGGGCCGGCGACAGCGGACGAACGCAGACGCCAGGGGGUUUGAGAGGCGACGGGGAGGACGAGAGGGGACUGCUUUUCACGGAGGAGGCGGAAGCGGCGCGACAGAAGAGGCUUCGCAGCGGCGGGGCGUCCUCCACGAGUGGAAGCACCUCGCGAUUCGGGAACUGGAGAGAGCUCACAGGCAGCUUCUCGGGCGCAGACAAAGUGACCGACCGCGAGGCGGCCGGGGCUCCAGCGGCGCGGGAGGCGAAGAAAGGGGCGACAAUGGAGAAGGAAGGUCAGAACCUGAAGGCUGGCGACUCGGCGGGAGGUGGACAACCCAGCCGGGAGAAAAGACUCCGGAAAGAAACGAGCGGGUCCACAGAGGACGCGAGAGCGACCGACGACGCGGCAGGUGUGUCUGAGAGGAAGCGGAAACUCGCUUCUGAGAGCGAGCCCAGCAGCGAGAAGAACGCAGACGCCGACGGCGUCGCUCAAGAGAGAGGCGAAGAGGCGGCGGCGCGGGCCCCGGGGGCGUCGAACGCGAGUGCGGACGCGAAGGGCUCGAAGGCCACGCGCGGCGCCGAGACCGAACGAGCUUCAGGGACUUCUCCGUCGUCUCCCGCCCCGCAGUCUGGUGGCAUCCUGACCCGCGGCCGCGCAGCGGCCAGUCGCCAGCAGCAGAAGGAUGGAGAGGAGAGCAAGGACGCGGCUGAAGCAGAGCCGAAGUCUCGGCGUGGACCCUGGACGAGAGGCGAAGGAGGCGGUGCGGAGAGGGGCAAGGCCGACGACGCAGGAGACGCUCUCUCCGGGGGCAUCGAAGAGUUCCUCCACGCCGUUCGCGCGCGCGCAGACAGGGAACAGCGAAGCCAAUCGGAAGAGUCUUCCCUCCCGCCUUACAAGCGGCACCGUGUAUCCCCGACCGCAGCAGGCGCUCGCGAAGAGCGGGCGCGGGGGACCAACAGCGGCUCUCGAGACGACAAAGGAGGCGACGACGAGGGCGGAGCAGCCGAAGCCGCGGAGGCGACUGUUGGCGCCGACGCACAUCGAAAGAAGGACGGAAGUCCAGAGACGCCGGAAGGCGGCGUCGCCUCGCCCCGCGACACACAUCCUAGCUCGGAAGGAGCUGCAGGCCCCGGCAGAGCAGAUGAAGAGGACGGCGACCCCGGGGAGCGGAGCGACGCUUUGAGUCUCGACGCGCGGCAGCGCAAUGGCGCGACCUCACGCCUGCGUUGGCUUUCAGACGUGAGAGGAGCGGACUCGCUGGCCUCGCUUCCCCAGCGAGACCGUCUGCCGUUCUGGGGGGCGGCAGGCGCCGGGGGCCGCGACCGCGUAGACUUCGACUGGCGGAGGCUCUCGGAAGCGGGUUCGCCGCCGUACACAGAUGACGAGAAGGCGUUUUGGCUUUCGUCUCGGCUCGGGCGCCUCCUUAGUUCUUCACGGGGAGAAGGCAGCAACGGCUCACGCAGUUCGCUCCCUCGCGUAGCCGACGACGGCGACGACGAGGGCGUGGGGAGCAUGUGUCACUUAGCGGGCGCAUUCAAAUUGGGGGCCGGAGGCCGUCUUUUCUCGGGAAGCGCCGACGCGAGUGCGGCCUGCGGUGAGGGCCUCCAGCCGCGGCGGCGGCGGCCCAACGAGCGCAUCAAGAAAGCUGGACUUGGGGGGGGCAGCGGGGCCGCUGGCGGUUUGGCGCUGCGGCGCAAAGAUGAGAAGGAGGAGCCCGGCGAGGAGUUCACGACUCUCUCGAGUGUCUACAACCUCUCCGGGGCCUUUUCCCCGCGGGACACGACUGCUUCCGCUCACAAGUUGGGGGCAGCGCUCUGCAAGAAAAACACGUCUGCGUCGAACGACUUCGCGCACCUGCCGCCGGACUUUUUCAUGGAUCCCGCCUCGCAACUCCGUGCGUCUGAGGGAGGCGGCGGGGUCGGAAGCGGCAGCGCCUUCGGCGGCCGCGGGCACUCGGAGUCCAGCCGCGCGUUUUUCCGCGGCAACGGCGACGGCCGCGGCGCCUCGGGGCGCGGGGAGGCGCCGGCGUGCCAAGGCUCUGGUGGGGGUUUCUCGGGAGGGGCGAUGGGAGGCGGAGAUGUGCCUUUCGCGUUUGGCAAGGCCUCAGACCCUCUCUCCUCUCUGGGGCCCCUCGGGGCGUCGCAGGGAUGGGCUGCCUUCGGUGCCUCCUCGACCAACCGGGGCGGUGCGGCGAGCCGCGGCGCGCCGCCGUUCUCGCAGAAGAGCGGCAGACUCUUGGGCUCCGGUGGAGCCUCCGGUCUGCAGGGCGCGGCUCCACUGCCUUCUCCCUUCGACCCCCUCGGCGCAGGUCAGCGCGGGGGCGGCGCGGGAAGGCACGGGUCCCUGGGCCGCGCAGGCUGCUCCCCCGACGAACUGGACGACGGCGCGUUCUUCGCCGAGACUGCCUUCCCCUCGCGCGCCGGCGGCGCGGGGCCUCUCGGCUGCCCGCCGUUCCCGUUCGAGUCGACGGGUCACGUGAGUUCGCCGGCGUGCCGUGGGGACCCGCUUCUGUCUGGAGGAGGAGGCGGCUACAGUGAGCAUUUCUCGAGCCUCGUGGCGGGCGCCGGCGACAAAGGCGCGCGGAACUUCCCGCCGUCCAGCGGCGCGAUGGAGGACGCGGCCACGCAUCUGUUCUCGGCGGCGGCUCGCGGCUCAGGGGCCGGCGGCCGACGGCCCUCAUCGCGCGACAGCGAGGACGAAGGGACCUCCAGCGACGGAGACCUGCCUGAGUCUGCCAAGACGACAUGGCCAGGCGCGACGGGAGCUGCGUCGACCUUCGGCUCGCGGCUGCACUGCGUUGUGCCCGUGGGCUCUGCGAGGAAACACCGCGCGCCAGGCGACGCGGGAGACCCCAGCGCAGAUGGCGCCCGCGAAGGAAAAGACUACGUCUCCGAGGUCCCCGGCGUGAGCUACAGAUCCACCCCCCACAGCGGCUGGAGGUUCAGGUGGAAGGACGCAGAGACCGGGAAGGAAUACUCGCGCUGUUUUUCGGUGAACAAGUUCGGCUUUGAGAGAGCGAAGAGAAAGGCUGAACGCGUCGCGCGGGAGAUGCGCCAAGGACGAAGCAUCAUCAUCAGUAACCACACUCGUACAAAAGUCUACCUGGCGGAUUCGAACGGAGGCGCCAGCAGCGGAGGCUCGGGCGGAGGAGGCGGCGCUGGGGGGGAAGGGAGUGCGGCCGCGUCAUCGAGCUCCUUCGGCUGUCGCCCUGCAGUGGACUCCGUUUUCCCGGGGUUUCCGUUCACGUCGUCAAGCACGUUCGCCGCGGACUGUGGCGGGGUCUCUCGUUCGCCUCCGCCGGGCAGUGCUCUAGACGCGUCUCCCUUCGCGUCAGACCUCUCUGUCGCGCCGCCGUCUGCCGCAGACGGGCCUUCUGGAGCGCCUCUCGCCUCGCCGUCGCUUCCGGCCUCGUCUGCCGCAGGGCGGGCGGGCGGAGGCGGGGGCAGCUUGGCGAUGUCGCCUGUGGGGGGCGACUUCGCAGCCGCGCCCUCGUCCAGCCUCCUCUACUUUGCGUCGUCUUCUUCGGGGUUCAGCACCUCGGCCGGAGGCACGAGCGGGAGCGGCGAAGGCUGUUUCCCUGCGGGCAUCGGCGCGGGCGCGUCGGCCUCCUUCGCGCCUCAGGACUUCUGCGGCGGAGGCGAGGGAGGAGCAGGCGCUGGAAGCGGCAGCGCGACACCCGGCUCCUUUGUCUUGGGCGCAGCGGGAGGAGAGUUCUGCGGCAGGCCGCGUGGCGAGCCGAAAGGCGGGCUCGCCGAGGGGUUGGGCGCGAUCGCCGCGGAGCGACCCCACAUGCCGUUCUCAACCGGCCCCUUCGGGGCGUCGACGCCGCUCGAGGGCGACAACUUGAUGUUUCAGGAGCCCAUGCAGUCGGCAGUGGGCAGAGGAGGCGCAGACGCCGGGGGCGGCAGCAGCGCAGACAGGGCCGAGGGGGACAGGGAGACGGGCGCGCUUUCGAGUUCGGUGAGAGGAGUCAUCUUCGAGCACGCGAGGGGAAGCUGGAGAGGCCUCGUCGUUGACAAAGACACAGGGAGACAGCAAGUGCGGCGCUUCUCCGCUCGCAAGUACGGCCAUACUGAGGCCCGCCUCCGCGCAGAGCGUUUCUGCCUGGAGGCGCAGCGCCUGCGGGAGGCUCGAGAGGCGACGAGUGGAUAUUCGUCGUGUGUUCAGAAGGACGGCGGAGGUGUCAAAACAAACGCCAUGUUUGACGGAGACCUUUUCUCCCGCUUGGAUCCCCCUAUCAUGGAAGAGUCCAUGGCUUCAGUCGACGUAGCGGGCGGGGAGAGCGAGGAGCGACCGUGGAGUGGGAGUGCACGGGGGGCAGCUGGCGUCUCGUCAGGGCUAGGGCUGUCCCGUUUUUCGCCGGGCUCGGCGUCGCCGCCCUCGUAUUUAGACCUCGAGUCGUCGCACGCGCUGCUGGCGGCGGCUCCGCUCAGCUCGAUUCCCGACGACCUGAGCCACGACCUCGCGGACGGAGUGGGUGGCGCGGAAGGCCCCGCGGGGGCCGCCUCGGCUGCGAGGCGGAGGAAUGGCCGCGACAAAGAAGCGAUCGAAUUUGCGGGGCGAGCAGGAGGUCUCGGAUCCUCCGGCGAGGGCAAGGCGCCAGUCGAGCGGAAGGAGUCGGGCGGCAGGACUGAGAAACAAGCUGGCUUUUCGGCAACUCGAAAAGACAAACGAGCGGAGAGAGGAGGCGGGGAUGUCUUGGCGCCUCAGCAGCGGACGCUGAGCUCGGACGACAUGCUAGGAACUAGCAAAGCUGACAACGAGUGGAGCACAGGCGACGCGAGAGGACGAGAGGAGGAGGAGAACGCAGGAGCGAAUCCGCGUGGCGCUGCCGGUAAAGAGGGGACUAUCUCCGCCGCAGGGACGGCAACUGCUGGCGGCAGCAGCAGAAGUGCCUAA